AACAUUGAAGUCGUGUUUGACCAUAGUUAGUAGGGUUUGAAUGGUUUCCUUCGCCUAUCCCUGAACGUGCCAGUAAUGCCAUCCGAUUUUAGUUUGACUGAUCGUAUAAGCGCUAGUUCAUCUUAAAAAAAACUUUCCAAACCACAAUGGAACAGAAGAAAAUCUCACUCAGUCUCAAAACAGUGACAUCAAAAAAGAGAUCAGAGGAAUCAACAUUAGAAGGAAUGACCCCACAGAAUGGAAGACUCAAAAAAGCCAUUGUGAGGGAAAGUAUAUCAAACGAAGCACCUCUGUCAAAAAGUAGAAAUAACAUGGCUGCUCUGGUCAAAUCAAAGGCUCACAAUGAAAGCUUUGACAUCCACUGUUCUUUCGAAAGUAAUUGCAGUACAGAGCAGGAUAUUGACAUUCCCUCUACUCAACCAGUACCACAUGACCAAAUACUGGAAGGUGUUGUAGCAUUUAUCGAGGUACGCUCAAAUACUGAAAACAGAUUUGAUGGAAUUUCAAAGCAAGUGGAAAUGCUUGGAGCAACAGUUGUCAAGAAGCUUACUCCCGAGGUUACACAUGUGAUAUUUAAAGAUGGCAAGAAGACAACAAGGGAGAGGGCACUCAAGAAGGGAAUCUACUUGGUUUCUGUUCUUUGGGUUGAGAGUUGUCGACAGAGUGGAAAACGUGUUUCUGAGGAUCUCUUCCCAGUUAUUUCACCUGAGGAGGCCACCACACCAUUGCUGGUAGGAAGAUUCAAGAGAACAAAAUCCAUGCAACCCAAAGCCUUUGAAGAAGAUGUUCAAAACAGUGCUGACAGGGGAGAAAGAAAGAGACAGAGAAAGCUCCAGGCAGAGAAUUUACUUCCCACAGCUUUGGUUUUUUGUGAAGAAACUCAAGAUCCACAUAGUCCAUUAAUUGUCAACUAUCCCUUUACACCCCACAUCAUACCAGACACACCAAGUCAAAAACUGGAAAGGUCACCUCCGUUUAUCAAAACACUCAACUACGAUGACAAAUCGCCAAAGGAACCAAUCGCAUUGAAAAAAGACGACUCUGACCAAUUGUCAGACAGUAAACAAGAAAUCCCGUCAAGCAUCAGCAAACUUAAAAGGAGGCUGCUAAGCAAGAGUACUCCAUUAAAACUACCCACUCCAUCCGUGGAACAAAAACAGACACCAUCCGCUCAGACUCGAAAAACACCGAAAGAUGUGUUACUGACAGGCUCUGAACAAGGCAUGAAAAGAAAGAGACAGAACUCGACGAGAGAAGCACAAACCGAAGACAAGGCAAGUGUUUCAAAGCGUAAAAAGAAAGCUAAAGUUGCAGAGGAAGUGCAGUGUGACGAAAAAGACCAUGAAGAGCUUAUAACAGAUAUAGAAAGCACAAAGAGGACCGUACAAAAUGUGCCUGAAACUAAAAGGAGAAGAAAGGAGAGAGUAUCUAAGGCAACAGAAGAUGAAAAAUGCGUCACAGCAGGAAUCGACCAUGGAAAGAAAAGGCAAGGCGGUCUUACCGGGAAAAAGAAGACUCCUGCUAAGCUAGACAAGAAUUUCCCUUCAGGUCACAAUUCUGAUCAAACUGGUGAAAAUGUCGAUUCAGACUCGGGCGUGUCCGUUAUAGAAAGAAACAGCAAAUCCUUAACGGUCAAUGGGGCGUCUUUUCGUCAGAGGAAAUUUUCCAAGACAUCGAAGUUGGUUGGUCAAGCAGGGAAAGCAGGGAAAGCAGAGGAGUUUGAUGACUCUUUAGUUACGGAGAGAGAAGAAAAUAGACAGGAAAACAUCGUUAAAGCAAAAUUGGGUGUGAUUAAGACAAAGAAUGAUUUACUGCGGAAAAAUACUGUCAAACAGGUUAAAGUAGUGAGUCCAGAGAAACCGGAGAGUCAGGUUAGUACCGGUAAAAACAAAGAAAAAGACAGAAUUGACGUCAAGAGCAGUGUAUCGCAGGAAAAUAGUGUAAAGAUGAAGAGUGAAAGGCUCUCUUCGGAGGAAACUCGAACUGAUGAUGGAGAUGCGGAUGUAGAAGGCAGCACGUGUACAGAGGAAGAUGAACAGGAAUAUCACCAGGAAAAUGAUCGGGGAACGGAGAGAAAACAGCGUACGAAGCUUGUCAAAAAGGUUAAGCCGAAGCGAUCGAUUGUGAUGACAAGCAUGCAUUUUGGUGAGCAAGACAUUGUUCUGUCUGUCGUACGUAAACUGGGUAGAUUCUUUAUCGAAGACCGAGUCUCUCCUUCCACGAGUCAUGUGAUCGCUGGAAGUCCUCGCCGCACCUUAAACGUUUUAAUGGCUAUUGCUCAGGGAUCUUGGCUCGUAUCACCUGUUUGGGUGAUGAAAUCUCUAGAAGUUGGUCAUUGGGUGGAUGAAGAACCCUAUGAAUUAUCAGACGCAUUCCCUGCAGCACAGCUUUGCCGCCUCGAACGUGUCAGUGCUGGGCCGGGUUACCACCAAGAGCUCUUUGCUGAGUGUCCACCAAUGUAUGUCUCCGAAAACUGCGCGCCUCCAAGGGACUCUUUGAUGUCGUUAAUUGGCCUCUGUGGUGGAAAGGUGAGCACUUCUUUAAGAAAUGCUGGGAUAUGCAUUGGCUCAAUGACAAGGAAAACACAGGUGGUGAACGUUACAGAACAGUGGAUUCUCGAUUGUAUUACUCAACACGCUGUCUUGCCAUUUGCCAGCUUCGCUCUUAACACUCCAGCAAAGCGAAGACGAGAUGCUAGUCCAAGUUACUAAGGGUGAUUGUUGUCAUAGUAAUUGUACAGACUGAAAACGCACUGAAUACUAUUAGCCCGCUGCUACAACAAUCCUGACCGAAUAGUGCAUUGCCAGACCUGGGUGGAUGACCGGUUCCCGAGCAACACUCUACGAGGCCAAAGAUAUCAGAUGGAAUUCUGCGACCAUUUCUAGACUAAAUCUUCUAAUGGAGACGUUUGUAUUAAACUUCUUGCAAAAGCUGAGAAAUGUAGAUUUUUGCUGGCACCAGUCGCAGGGAAAUUCAUUUUAACAUGAUAACUUCAUCAACGAUAGAAAACGUUUUGUACUUUCCAAAUUUGCACGUCACUCGGAGUUUCGCUUUUUGUCGUAGAAUGUUAUAAGACGUUUUGUGCGAUGUUAGAUUAAAGCUCAAGUGUCGUAUGAAUUGCAAGAGAAUUUGGCGAUUGACGGAAGCGUACGAAAGAUUUCGUCUUAAACGUGACAGUACGAUUUUACGAUUGACCUUGGUGCCAGGGGGAAAUCAGUGAAGAUUUUAGCUUGUAUCUACUCCGAAGUGCAUUUUUACUUGAUAAGUUCCUCAACUGUGGUAAAAAAUACUUGCAUGAAUGACGGAAUUUUACAAUGGAGAGAAUUAAAUACUUUUGAUACCACGUUCCAUUAAUCUCAGUGAAGUGUCAUAUGGAUUCCAAGCUAAUCAGCCUUGUUGAAAAUGUUCGAGAGCUGUCUUCGAAAGAGGGACUACACAAUUUUAUGAUGUUUCAUUAACUUGUUUUAAAAUAAGUCAGUGUCAAGUGAGCUAAAGGGCAGCUAAGGAAAAAAGGUUUUUAUGGAUAAAUCAGGUGAGAAAAUAUUUCUAAUUCAGAUAGAUUCUAGUAUGCUGAUUAAAGAGAGAACAGUUAUAGUUCCAACGAUAAGAAAAAGCCUGUUUUUGAAUGUGUUUGUAGAUGAUAACUGUUUUUGAAUAUAA